AUGCGGGCAGCGGAGCGCCUUCCUGCUGCUGUUGGGAUGAGGAAGUCUACGCCGCUCAUGCUGCAGGCACAGAAGCUGAGGCUGGCACACAGCCGGGGACCCUACUACAGCGGCUCCCUGCCCAACGUCAACCAGAUUGGCAGCGGCGUCUCUGACUUCCAGGGCCCUUUGCAGUCGCCGCUGGACUCCACGCGCAGCACUCGGCACCACGGCCUGGUGGAGCGAGUGCAGCGGGACCCGCGCCGGAUGAUGUCCCCCCUUCGCCGAUACGUCCGACAGAUCGACAGCUCUCCCUAUGUACCGACCUACCUGUCGCCUCCACCCGAGCCCAGCUGGAGGAGGACCAUGCCCUGGGGUAACUUUCCUAUGGAGAAAGGACAUUUGUUUAGGCUGCCGUCGGCUCUCAACAGAACAAAUUCUGACUCGGCGCUUCACACGAGCGUGAUGAACCCCAACCCCCAGGACGCGUACCUGGGCCCCUCACAGGGCGCCCCGCCGCCCGGGCGCCGGAGCGGUUUUCUGGACGGGGACGCGGACAGUAAAGUGCCUCCCAUCGAAGAGACCUUCGACGACAACAAGCAUUCGCUGAAGCCCUGGGACACCAAGAAGCUCUCGUCGUCCUCGGCCCGUCCACGCUCCUGCGAAGUCCCUGGGAUCCACAUAUUUCCAUCCCCGGAUCAGCCUGCCAACGUCCCCCUCAUCCCCUCGGCCCUCAACACGGGUGGCUCGCUUCCCGACCUCACCAACCUGCACUUCCCCUCCCCGCUGCCCACCCCCCUCGACCCGGACGAGACCGCUUACCCCAGCCUGAGCGGGGGCAACAGCACCAGCAACCUGGCCAACACCAUGACGCACCUGGGCAUCAGUGGCAGCAUGGGACUGGGGACGGGCUACGAC